AUGGUGGUUGUAUUCCAAGAGCUGAUAAAAACUGUGGAAGAUAUGCCUCUUCAUGUCCGGCGUAGUAGUGACCCUGCACUGAUUGGCCUCUCAACCUCUGUAAGUGACACAAAUUUUUCCUCGGAAGAGACUUCACGGAAACACCCUACAAGGUGGUCCACAACAGCAGGCUUUCUCAAGCAGAACACACCUGGUGUACCCAGUGCUCAUGAAAGAAAGAAAGAUGAAAACUACAGAAGCCUACCACGAGAUACUAGUAGCUGGUCUAACCAGUUUCAGAGAGACAAUGCUCGUUCAUCGUUAAGUGCCAGUCAUCCCAUGGUGGACAAGUGGCUGGAGAGGCAAGAACAGGACGAAGAUCAGACAGAGGAGGACAACAGCAGAGUUGAGCCUGUUGGACAUGCAGACACUGGUUUAGAGAAUGCUACCAACUUUUCCCUGGAUGAUAUGGUAAAGCUCGUAGAAGUCUCCAAUGACGGUGGGCCUUUGGGAAUCCAUGUAGUGCCUUUCAGUGCCCGAGGAGGAAGAACCCUGGGGCUGCUGGUAAAGCGGUUGGAGAAGGGUGGAAAAGCCGAACAAGAAAACCUUUUUCGUGAGAAUGAUUGUAUUGUCAGGAUUAAUGAUGGAGACCUCCGGAAUAGGAGAUUUGAACAAGCACAGCAUAUGUUUCGCCAAGCCAUGCGUACGCCUUUCAUUUGGUUCCACGUGGUCCCUGCGGCAAAUAAAGAGCAGUAUGAGCAGUUGUCCCAGAGCGAGAAGAACACGUACUACUGCAGCCGGGUCAGCCCCGAGGCCCACUACGCUGACGGCAAAAGUAUUAACAGUCCUGGACUGCACACCUUACAGAGAAUGUCUCGAGCGGGUAACCAGCCCGACCCGACAGACUGCUACUCGCUGCUACCUCAUAGCGUCAAUUCAUCAGGGAAACCACCCUCAGGCCUGCUGCCCUCACCUCAGAAAGUUCUCGCCUCCACUGCAAACAGUGGCUAUAACACCAAAAAGAUAGGGAAGAGACUCAGUAUACAGCUGAGAAAAGGUACAGAAGGCUUGGGAUUUAGCAUUACUUCAAGAGAUGUCCCAAUCGGUGGCUCUGCUCCAAUUUAUGUGAAAAACAUCCUUCCCAGAGGUGCAGCUAUUCAAGAUGGGAGACUAAAGGCUGGAGACCGAUUAAUUGAGGUAAAUGGAGUUGAUUUAACGGGCAAAACUCAAGAAGAAGUUGUGUCCUUGCUGAGAAGCACCAAGAUGGGAGGGACUGUUGGCCUUCUGAUUUUUCGUCAGGAAGAAACAUUCCAUCCAAGGGAACUGAAUGCAGAACAAAGCCAGUCACAAAUUCCAAAGGAAACGAAAGCAGAAGAGGAGGAGCUUGUCCUCACACCUGAUGGGACCAGGGAAUUCCUGACAUUUGAAGUUCCACUGAAUGACUCUGGAUCAGCUGGACUUGGUGUGAGCGUCAAAGGUAACCGGUCAAAAGAGAACCAUGCCGAUUUAGGGAUCUUCGUCAAGUCCAUUAUUAACGGUGGAGCAGCAUCAAAGGAUGGCAGACUUCGAGUGAACGAUCAACUAAUAGCAGUAAAUGGAGAAUCAUUAGUGGGCAAAACAAAUCAAGAUGCUAUGGAAACCUUAAGGAGGUCCAUGUCCACUGAAGGAAACAAACGGGGAAUGAUUCAGCUUCUUGUGGCGAGGCGAAUAAGUAAAUGCAAUGAGCUGGAGUCACCUGGGAGCCCCUCUGGGCCAGAGCUGCCCAUAGAGACUCUGCUGGAUGAGCGGGAGCGGAGGAUUUCCCACUCCCUCUAUGGCGGGAUCGAGGGCCUCAGCGAGUCGCCCACGAGGAACGCGGCGCUGAGUAGGAUAAUGGGUAAAUAUCAGCUGUCUCCCACAGUGAACAUGCCCCAAGAUGACACUGUCAUUAUUGAAGAUGACAGGCUGUCGGUCCUCCCUCCUCAUCUCUCUGACCAGUCGUCAUCCAGCUCCCACGAUGAUGUUGGCUUUGGCACUGUCGAUGCGGGUGGAUGGGCUAACUCUGCAAUUAAUGAAUCAACAGACUGCACUCUUAGUCCAGAUGUUGAUCCAGUGCUUGCCUUCCAGCGAGAAGGGUUUGGACGCCAGAGCAUGUCAGAAAAGCGUACAAAGCAAUUUUCAGAUGCCAGUCAGUUGGAGUUUGUUAAAACACGAAAAUCCAAAAGCAUGGAUCUAGUAGCUGACGAGACUAAGCUCAGUACAAUGGAUGACCAGAAAACAGGUUCCCCAACCAGAGAUGUGGGGCCUUCAUUAGGUCUGAAGAAAUCCAGCUCAUUAGAGAGCCUGCAGACAGCCGUUGCUGAGGUGACUCUGAAUGGUGACAUUCCCUUCCACCGCCCGCGCCCACGGAUCAUCCGAGGACGCGGCUGCAAUGAAAGCUUCAGAGCUGCCAUAGACAAGUCAUACGAUAAACCUGUAGCAGAUGAUGAUGAUGAAGGCAUGGAAACUUUGGAGGAAGACACAGAGGAGAGCUCAAGAUCUGGUAGAGAAUCUGUGUCCACGGCAAGUGACCAGCCAUCCCACUCAUUGGAGAGACAGAUGAAUGGGAACCAAGAUAAAGGUGACAGAAAAAAGGCUGGAAAGGAAAAGAAGAAAGAUCGAGAUAAAGAGAAGGAUAAAAUUAAGGCAAAGAAAGGAAUGCUGAAAGGCUUAGGAGACAUGUUCAGGUUUGGCAAACAUCGCAAAGAUGACAAGAGUGAGAAAACUGGUAAAAUAAAAGUACAGGAAGCUCUUACUUCAGAAGAGGAGAGAAUACGAAUGAAGCAAGAACAGGAGAGGAUUCAAGCAAAAACUCGAGAAUUCCGAGAGAGACAAGCUCGUGAACGUGACUAUGCAGAGAUACAGGACUUUAACCGGACGUUUGGCUGCGAUGUGGACCCAAUGUAUGCAGGGAUUCCUUCCUAUGACUCUUCUUCAAAUAGUGGCACGGUAACGCUGAACACCCGCCCACAGAGCCCGAGGGAAGGGCAGACAGUAGAAGCCUUGUAUGCCCAAGUGAAGAAACCACGGAAUUCAAAGUCUUCACCUGUAGACAG